AUGCACAAGAAUUUCAGAAUAUUUUUAGCUACAGUAUUUGCUAUUACUGAGAUCAACCAAAACCCUGAAUUAUUACCAAAUAUCACCCUGGGAUUCAGGCUAUAUGAUUCUUGCUAUUCAGAAGUCCGAGCACUUGAAGGCAUCUCCUGGCUCAUGACUGGGCAAGAAGACACAGUUCCAAAUUACAGCUGUCAUGCUAAAUCAGUUCUAGCUGGAGUUAUUGGAGAAGCUGGAUCAGGACAGACUAUUCCCAUGGCUCGGAUGCUGGGAGUAUUCAAGUAUCCACAGGUGAGUUAUGGAUCUGUAGUUCGUUAUUUAAGUAACAAACAUCUGUUUCCCUCAUUUCUUCGGACUGUGCCACCUGACAACAGCCAUGCUCUUAGCCUUGCAAAGUUUUUGAUGCACUUUGGAUGGACGUGGGCUGGAAUAGUGGCAUCUGAUAAUGAUUAUGGCUUAGUAGGAGCACUGGACCUGAAAAGAGAGUUUUCCCAAAUUGGUGGAUGCAUUGACUACUUGGAAGCUGUACCUUUGCAGGAAGCAGCUGAGAGCAUUCUCCAUAUUAUAGAUGUGAUUAAAAGCUCCACAGCAAAAGUUGUCAUUUUGUAUCUGAGUAUGCCCCAGGUGGUUCAACUGGUGGAAGCAGUGUCUGUACAGAAUGUAACAGGAAAGAUAUGGAUCGACAGCACAGCAUGGACCAUCACUCCAAUUUUUUACAGAAAAGAAGUAUGGGUAACACUAAAUGGAACAGUAGGUUUAACAUUCCGCAAAGGUGCAAUACCUGGGUUUAGAGAAUUUCUUUACAGCAUUCAUCCUUCUACAUCAUCAGAUGAUAUUUUUGUCAUACCAUUUUGGGAAGAAGCUUUCCACUGCAAAUGGCAAAGCAGUGUUGAUCAGCCAAUGCAAACAUGGAAUGUAAUAAGUGAAAACAUAACAUUUUGCACUGGCAUGGAGAACUUACAAGAAGUUGACAACUCCAUCUUUGAUGUUUUAAACUUCAGGCUGAGCUAUAGUACAUAUAAUGCAGCAUAUUGCCUAGCACAUGCCUUACAUAAUCUUCAAAUGUGUGUCCCAGGACGAGGACCCUUUGUCAAUGGAUCCUGUGCUAAUAUUCACACGUUUCAGCCAUGGCAACUCUUCCAUUAUAUCAGAAAUGUCCAUUUUAUAAAUAAAGUCGGAGAAGAGAUAUUUUUUGAUGUGAAUGGUGAUUCCUCUCCAAUCUAUGAUAUUGUAAACUGGCAAAUGUACAACAAUGGAUCAAACAGAUAUAUAAAUGUUGGAAAAGUUGAGCCAAAUCCACUUAAGGGACAGACAGUACUCAUUAAUGAGAAGGCUAUUUCAUGGGGAAAUUUCAGAGAGAUUCCACCUCGUUCUGUAUGUACUGAGAAAUGUAUCCCAGGAUUCAGAAAGGCUGCCCAGCAGGGAAAGCAGAUCUGUUGCUAUGACUGCAUCCCGUGUUCCAAAGGGAAAAUUUCAAACCAGACCGAUGCUAGUGAGUGCACAAGCUGUGCAGAAGAUGAAUGGUCAAACGACAAACAUGAUCGAUGUGUGUCAAGAAUUAUCGAGUUUUUGUCCUAUGAAGAACCUAUUAGUAUAAUUCUGACUGCUAUUUCCAUUCAACUUACCCUGCUCACUGCCAUAAUUCUUUGUAUAUUUAUCAAAUACCGUGAUACACCUAUUGUCAGAGCUAAUAACCGGGAGCUCAGCUAUGUGCUUCUUUUUGCUCUUAUGUUGUGCUUCACUUGCUCCUUGCUGUUCAUUGGCCGACCCACAAAGAUAACAUGCAUGCUCCGUCAAGUUGCUUUUGGUGUAAUAUUUUCUGUUUGUGUGUCUUCCAUUCUUGCCAAAACACUGACCGUGGUCAUUGCUUUUAAUGCUACAAAACCCAGCAGUAAACUACGGAAGUGGGUGGGUGCCAAAGUACCCAUCACAAUAAUACUACUGUGUUCAUUUCUGCAGUUUUUCAUAUGCCUUGCUUGGCUAUUGAUUGCACCACCCUUCCUAUAUUUCAACACAACUACAGACAAUCAGAAAAUAAUCAUAGAAUGCAAUGAGGGGGUAAUUAUAUUCUUCUACCUCAUGUUGGGUUAUAUGGGCUUCUUGGCCAUUGUGAGCUUAGUUGUAGCAUUUCUGGCAAGAAAGCUGCCAGACAGUUUUAAUGAGGCCAAAUUUAUUACCUUCAGCAUGUUGGUAUUUGUCACUGUGUGGUUAUCAUUCAUUCCAGCAUACCUCAGUACUCAAGGGAAAUAUAUGGUUGCUGUGGAGAUAUUUGCCAUCUUGUCAUCUAGUGCUGGUCUGCUUUGCUGCAUAUUUUUCCCAAAGUGUUUUAUAAUUCUGUUAAGACCUGAGCUGAACUCCAGAGAAAAUAUCGUGGGGAAGAAAAAGAAUGUGGUUUAG